AUGGCCACCAUGGUGAAUAUGAAUAACCUCUUAAAUGGCAAGGACUCACGUUGGCUGCAACUCGAAGUGUGCCGCGAAUUCCAACGGAACAAGUGCUCGCGGCCUGACACCGAAUGCAAGUUUGCGCAUCCUCCGGCUACUGUGGAAGUCCAGAAUGGAAGAGUAACCGCCUGCUACGACAGUAUUAAGGGUCGGUGUAACCGCGAGAAACCUCCUUGCAAGUACUUCCAUCCACCGCAGCAUCUAAAGGAUCAGUUGUUAAUCAACGGCCGGAAUCACCUAGCACUCAAGAACGCACUAAUGCAGCAAAUGGGCUUGACACCUGGCCAGGUGUUGCCUGGCCAAGUACCAACUGUGGUGGGCGGCGUGGGCGGUGCCGGUGCGGCCGCGAGCCACCUCACCGCGCUGGACCCGAUCAGUCUCGCCCUGCUCGCCCCGCAGGCAACGUCGCCCUACUUGUCGGGCGUGCCAGGCGUCGGCUCAACAUACGCGCAGUACUAUGCGCCGCAGCUGGUCCCGGCGAUGCUGGGUCACGACCCAGCCGCCGCCGCUGCCUCACCUCUCGGUGUUAUGCAGCAACCUGUACUGCAACAGAAACUGCCUCGCACCGAUCGCUUAGAGCAAUUUCGGCAAUUCGUCAGCCGAAUGCCCGUCCCUUGUGUCGAUGGCGCGCGGCCGCACUGGCCUCGUGCGAGAGCGCUUCGCGAGCAGCACUCGCUUAGUCCCUCUGGUGAAGGACCUGCACUGUUAGCUCAAUCGAUCGUAGCCUAA